AUGGCGUGUUAUCGUACAGACUGCAUUGAGAAACCUAUUUCUAAGCUUUUUGAGAAACUUGGCCAUCUGGUUGGUUCUUAUCCAUUUUGUUUUUUUGUAAUUCCUCUGAUGAUAUCUGCUGCUCUGGGAGGAGGACUGAACUUUCUCAAAGUCCACGAGGACAAUGACGUUGAGAAUCAGUUCACACCUAUCAACGGACCUUCCAAGCAAACCAGACAUUUUAUAAAAGAAACUUUUCCAAGUAACGAUUCAUUGUUUUCAAGUCAAAGACUCUAUGCUGAGGGAAACUAUGCAGUGAUGAUAUUUUCUAUUGUGGAAGGAAACAUUCUAACAGAUGCCCUGUUUGAGGAAAUCAGUGAGCUUGACAAGCAAGUGCAUAGUCUUUCUGUCAAUGUCAAUCAAACUCAGAUAAGCUUCAAAGAUAUUUGUGCCAAAGAAAAUUGGAACUGUGUCUCAAAUCCUAUACUGGACAUUGUUGAUGAUAAAUUCAUCAAUUUAUCAUUUCCAAUAAAUAAGUGGAAAGCGAAAGAUGUAUUUCUUGGUUCUACAGUAGGAGGUGUUGAAGAAAGAGGAGGCGUGAUCCAGCAGGCACGCGCCAUCAGACUUUUCUACUUUUUGCAGGAUAAACCUGGAGCCUCUCAAUGGCUUCAGCAGUUCCAAAAUGUUCUAUCCAAAAAAACGCUCAGCAUAGGACUCAAGGUGUCUCAUUUUACCUCGCUCUCCAGACAAGAGGAGAUAGAGAAACACACAACAGAUGGCAUUCCUCUGUUUUCAAUAACUUACUCACUUGCAAUCUCCUUCUCAGUGUUAUCCUGUAUGCGUCUUGAUAAUGUGAGGAACAAGAUCUGGGUCUCUUUCAUGGGAGUUCUGUCUGCGGGUCUGGCUGUGCUCUCCAGCUUUGGCUUGCUGCUCUUUCUUCAAGUGCCGUUUGCAAUAACAGUGGCUAAUUCGCCUUUCCUCAUUCUGGGCAUUGGUGUUGAUGACAUGUUCAUCAUGAUUUCUAACUGGCAGCAGACUAAAGUAAAGGAUCCAGUGGAGAAGAGAAUGGCUGAAACCUUCAAAGAAGCCGCUAUGUCCAUAACUAUCACUACAUUGACUGAUGUACUUGGCUUCUACAUUGGGCUCAUGAGUGAAUUUCGCUCAGUUCAGGCCUUCUGCUUGUACACCAGCACAUCCAUUAUUUUCUGUUACAUUUAUAACAUCCUCUUCUUUGGAAGCGUUCUAGCCCUAAACGGCAGGAGGGAGCAGAGUAACAGACACUGGCUGACCUGCUGCAAACUCCCAACACAGACUCCUGAAGGAAAGUCCCCGGCGUAUCGUCUCUGCUGUGUAGGUGGCGACUAUGACCAAGAAACCGGUGCUGAGAAACAACAGCCCAUAGCACACUUCUUUAAGUCCUAUUAUGGUCCAUUCCUGACCAAGCCCUGGACCAAAGUCUGUGUGAUGUUGUUGUAUUUGGGUUAUUUGGCUGGAGGCAUUUAUGGAUGUCUUAAUUUACAACAGGGCAUUAAUAUGAGGGACCUGGCAGCUGAUGAUUCAUAUGUCGUAAAUUAUUAUGAUGAUGAUCGGAAAUUCUUCUCCAGGUAUGGUCCAAAUAUCAUGGUUGUAGUGACAGAAGAGUUUCCAUACUGGAAUAAGAACAGCAGAUCCGAACUAAAUCACUGCAUGGAAAAACUCCACAACUUGACAUUUGUCAAUCAAAAUCUGACUGUCUCCUGGUUAGACUUUUACUUACAAUUUGCUCAAAGCAAAAGCCUAAGUCUAGACAACGAAAAUGUCUUCAUUGAGAAUUUAUCCUCUUUUUUCCUGCUCUAUCCAGAGUUUAAGCUUGACGUUAAUAUCACAGAAAGCAAAAUCAAUGCUUCAAGAUUUUUUGUCCAGACUUUGGAUAUUUCCAAUGCCAGUAUGGAGAUAAUGAUGUUCGAUGAACUCAGAAACACAGCUCAAAGCUGUAGUGCAGCUAAACUUCUAGUGUUUCACCCCUUGUUCAUCUACUUGGAUCAAUAUUCGGUCAUAGUGACCAGCACCAUUCAGAAUGUGGGCUUCACCACAGCUGUCAUGUUGGUCGUUGCCUUGUUAUUAAUCCCAAACCCGAUCUGUUCCCUGUGGGUCACGUUCUCCAUCGGCUCAGUCGUCACCGGUGUCACUGGUUUCAUGGCUUUAUGGGGCAUCAACCUAGAUUCCAUUUCAAUGAUCAUCUUGGUGGUGUGCAUUGGCUUCACUGUCGACUUCUCUGCGCAUAUUUCAUAUGCAUUUGUUUCGAGCAAAAAACUGACUGCCAAUGAGCGGGCAGUUGAUGCAUUGUUUUCUCUGGGCUAUCCCGUGCUACAAGGAGCUGCCUCAACAAUAAUAGGCGUGCUCAUUUUGGCUGCAUCCAAGAAUCACAUUUUCAGGACCUUCUUUAAGAUUAUGUUCCUCGUUAUGCUUUUUGGUUUGGCUCACAGCAUCAUCUUCAUCCCUGUGUUUCUGACCUUACUGUCCUGCAGUUCAACCAAAGCUAAGAAGAAAACAACGACUGUGCCUGAUGUUAUUCCAAAAGUCAUUAUGAUUGAAAACAAAAGCACGGCUUAUGAUAACUAUGCUUUUACUAAGGACAAUUCAACACAGAGUUGA